GUCUCGGUUACUCAAUAAUCUGGAAGAGGGGUUGGGGGAAAAGCAGCGAUGGCGGCGGAGAUUCAUUCGAGACCCCAAACAUCCAGACCUGUACUUUUGAACAAAAUAGAAGGCCACCAGGACGCAGUGAACGCCGCGGUCCUGAUCCCAAAGGAAGAUGGAGUUAUCACAGUCAGCGAAGACAGGACCAUUCGGGUAUGGCUAAAGAGAGACAGCGGACAAUACUGGCCCAGCAUUUACCACAUGGUGUCCUCUGCAUGUUCAUGUAUGUCGUAUCACCACGAAAGCAGACGGAUCUUCAUAGGACAGGACAAUGGAGCUGUUGUGGAGUUCCUCAUCUCUGAAGAUUUCAACAAGAUGAACCACGUGAAAACCUACCCAGCUCACCAGGGACGCGUGUCAGACAUGGUGUUCUCUCUGCUGAGUCAGUGGGUGGUGAGCACAGGCCAUGACAAGAGUGUCAGCUGGAUGUGCACCCAGAGUGGCUCCAUGCUGGGCCGACAUUUCUUCAGCUCCUGGGCCACCUGCCUGCAGUACGAUAAUGAUACUCGUCACGCAUUUGUGGGUGAUUGCUCAGGCCAGAUUACCCUGCUCAAACUGGAGAGAGACACGUACUCCACCAUUACUACUCUGAAGGGCCAUGAAGGUAGCAUAGCGGCUCUGUGGUGGGAGCCUGUGCAGAGAUGGCUGUUCUCUGGUGCGUCAGAUCACAGUGUAAUCAUGUGGGACAUCGGUGGGAGGCAGGGCCGAACACUGCUUCUGCAGGGACAUCAUGAGAAGGUGCAGGCUCUGCGUUAUCUGCAGCUCACCAGCCAGCUGGUCUCUUGCUCGGCUGACGGAGCCAUAACAGUGUGGAACAUGGACACCCCACGGGAAGAGGCUCCUCAGUGGUUGGAGAGUGACUCAUGUCAGAAGUGUGAACAGCCAUUUUUUUGGAACAUUAAGCAAAUGUGGGACACUAAGACUUUAGGACUCCGACAGCAUCACUGCAGGAAGUGUGGUAAGGCGAUAUGUGGGAAGUGUAGCUCUAAACGUUCUACGUACCCCGUCAUGGGCUUUGAGUUCCAGGUUCGAAUGUGUGAUGACUGCCACAGUGCAAUCAAAGACGAAGAUCGGACCUCCUUGGCUACUUUCCAUGAAGGGAAACACAACAUCUCUCACAUGGACAUGGACCCAGCUAGAGGCCUCAUGGUCACCUGCGGGAGUGACCGGAUUGUAAAGAUUUGGGACAUGAUGCAGGUGGUUGACUGUGGCAUAGCAACAGGCCUCUCCUCUCGCUGAGUGAUUGGGCCUGAACCUCUUCGUCCCCAAAUGCUCCAUCCACAGACACCGAUCAGCCAGUCCUCCACUGACAGCUGUACCCCCAUCUACUUUCUACCUGCCAUUUUUUUCUUGGACCGUGUGUGUGUGUGUGUCUGUGUCUGUUGCAUUGGAAUGGUUUAUCAGCCACAUCCUUUUCUUAAUGGUCUGUACCCUUGUGGGAUUACACAUGAAUUUGAGGUAUUUCUAAGCACAAUAUGGGGGGUGGGGGUGGCUUUUAACAUGUAAUUACUUUAACUGUUUUUCUUGCUGUCACUCUCUCGCCUUAUCUACUUUUUCGACUCAGGAAACACUUAUUCAGAACAGUGGAAAAAUUGCACCCUAGUAAUGCUAUUUGUUGCUAUAGCAACUGAGAACAUUUCCUUGCGGUGUGUUGACAGUACCCAGCAAGCAGCAUGGUGACAUCAGAAAUCCAUUAAUUGGGUGAGAUGUGGAUUAGGAGUUACAGUUCAUUUUGGUCACCCACAAACUUGAGGUUAUAGGUAAGGUUUAGGUGAAGGUUGUAAAUGAUUUAAUACAGGGUAAAAAAAAUUCUUUGGGUUAAGAUGUCCUGCUCUGCACAGAGCCCUAACCCUCUCUCAUUGAGUGGCAGCUCCAGAAGGAAGGAUUGUCUUAUGGGAAUGCUUAGACUUAAAAACAGGCACAGGAAUUCUACAAGUUUCUGAAGCUUCUAGUACUAAAUGAAGCUUCAGAAGCCUGUUUUUAGAAGUUUCUGAUGCGCUAUUAAGCCAGAGCUGUGUAGGUCUGUUUACAGCGAGCUGCCAGUCACACCUGUUAACGCCGACUGAUCUCUUCUUCUUUUGACUGAACGUUUCUCGUCUUUCCUUCUCUUUGCACUGAUCUUGUACGUGUGUGUGUGUGUGUGUGUGUGUGUAAGUAAAUGAGUGUAACUCACUAUUGUAUAUAUGAAAACUGAGCACUAGCCUUACACCCCAAUCUACCAUCAAUACUCUACUUAUGUUGCACCUUCAUUCCAUUAAUCAAAGGUAGAUUGGUCAUGAAAACACUUAAAGUUGCUUAAAGUUGGUUGUCAGUGGUGACCAUGUAUACCGAUGGCUUGAUCUCGGAUGCUGCACGCUGUGAUACUGCAUAGAUGUGUCUAUGAAGGAAGCUUGUAACACUGCAGCAUCUGCAACCUUGAGGACUGGCAGAGAGACCUGACCAUGUAAAUUAGUCAGGCUUUGUCUGAUGGGCAGGGCGUUCUCAGGCUGGCCUACUGUUUCCUACACCGCUCUGACAAUACCGGACAGAGACUGACUCUGUUUACAGGCAGGGGUGCCUUAAGAAGCUUGUUCAGUGGAGCGAUUCCUUCUAACUGACCUAAUUUCUGAGCUAGUAAUUAACAUGUUAAAAUUCCCUUGAGAUCAUUCAGCAGAUCUGUUUAUCAAGAGGAAAGGCAUGCUUGUAAUUCCGCAGAGCAAACCAACUUAUAAAACACAAACACUCGUAAAUAUUUGAACCUUUUGUUUAAGUAAAUAUCCUUUGUCUGUCUUCUCAAGCACUUCGCUCCCUGUAAAAGCACUGUAGGACUUCUGAAGUCAUGCUUCUUUUUGUUUCUUGUGAUUAAAAUAAAAACACUUGGCAGUUGUUUAGUUGUUUAUGCAUAUAAAAAUUAAAUGUUCAAACUGAAUGAGACCAUGCAGACCAGUAAGGGCUGGUGGAGAGCGCACAGAUUAGGUAGUGGUCUGUUCGUCAUUUUCAGUGCGGGGCAUCAUUAUUUUAGCACUAGGACUUGAGACUCCUAUUCACUUCAGUAUUUCUCAUUCUUAUUUUUAACCCAGCUUUGUCAAUGACUUGCAUUAGUUUUUACAGUGACUGUCAUUUGGCCUUUCUUUAUGUAGAAAGUUGACCACCUCUGUUGUACAGCUCUUGCAUGUGUUUUUACGUUGACGAACCCCUGUUGAUCAAUACUGAAAUAAAUGAUGACGGGAGUCUUCCACUGGUUGGCUAUUUACAGCCAGUGAGACUGAAAUAAAUAUUAGUCCUUAA